AUGGAUGCUCAUCACCGUCAAGCUGUAGCAUUGGAGACUCGCGUUAUUUUAGCAGACAUAGCACUGUUCAUGGUCGUCACCACUGCUCUACCACCGACCGGUCUGAAGACUCUUAGCCAAACAAUCCCAUCUCCGGGUCCGGGGAUGACUCCGACGGCGUUUCAAGCCAUGAAGAUAGCUGCUUGGUGUUUUUGGCCGUUGAACAGUCUUAUCCUCGUCUGUGGUCUGGCGGCGCUGUUAGUUCUGGUCGUCCCUGGUGUGGUUCGAGCCAACCGAGUCGCCCUCAGGUUGAUUGAGAUCGCCAUUCUCUCCAUGUGGCUCUUGGUUGAGUGCUUGAUUCUCGUUUCCCUGAGUCCUGACUCGUUGCUCUCUGGUCUCUGUGUUCUUCAAGGAGUCGUAAUGUUGGUCGUUCUCUACCUCGUCUUACGUCUUUUCAAGUCUAAGCACUGA